CAUGAUCUUCAACAGACCCGCUUAAGCGGCCCCGUUUAAUAAUGUAGUCUUAGUUAAGUAUCCGCUUCUUUCUCCAGACAAGCCCGGACGUGCGUGUGAUAUCACCAUGUUUUCUCCAAAAAGCUCAUGACAGGAAAACAAAGAAAACUCUCCUUCUCUAUACACUAGAUAUAUGUCUUUAUUGAACACAUAAGCCAUGGCACAAUCGCGGAAGAGGCGUGCUGAAUCCAUGUCCACUGACUCUGGAUCCGAAACGACGGCCGAUCUUCAUAAUGUCUUGUCUGAUGAAUCUAGCUUUUACGGCGAUUCCGACGAAAAGGAACGUCUCGAAGACCUCGUCUCCGACUUCGACGUAGUUCAUUACUGGGAAACGGUCCAUCCACGAUCUCUCGCUACUAUCCAGUACCGAGCCCAGAAAGCCGCUGUUCGCGCUGCUGUAGAUGCGGAAGAGAAAACGAAAGCGAAAGCCACCUCCGAACAGCGCAACGCGGAAUCACUCGCAGGCAAAUUCGAACCCGAUACUUCAGAACACUCACAGACUGUUAGCACGAAUCCAAGAAGGACUCGUCAACCGACGGAAUCGGUCGAGGAAUUUCUCUCGCGGCUUCCACCGUCUACCACUAAAGCGGCUGCUCCUGUGGGCCCUUGGAUUUACAUUUACAACCCUCGUGAUAAUCCGCAUAUUGGCUCUGUUUCGACUCUGGUGGCGCGCGGAACAGAGCUUCUUCGGAAUUACGAGGACAGGAAAGCAGCUCUUGAAGUGGAACAUCAUAAGACGACGACGUCGAAGACCAAGUCUUCUACUACGAAACCUAAAUCGAACGCGGCUCUGGGGCGUAAACUCGUUCCGCUGCGUCGGAGUCUCGAAGCGUCGCUUUUUGCUCUCGCGCGUGAGACGGGGGUUAUAUCAGGGAAAUGGAUGCUGUUCCCAACGGCGGAUUACGUCGAUGAGGUCUGGGCUGCUGUCGCGCAGGCAACGGCAAAUGAUGAGCUGGGAGUCGCUGCGAAAGUCGCGACGGAUAAUGGAUCCCAAGGAGGUAGGUUGGUGGCGAUCUACACACGCGAUUAUGAUGAUAAGAAGGAUGUGAAGCGCGUGUUGGAGAGGUUGGUCGAGUUAGGUCUGGUUGAUAGAGGGUCGACCCGGCCGAUCUACUACAAGUGUGAUGCGUAUACGUAUCUGGAUAUCAAGAGUACGAAUCAGUACGGACUGAAAGCCAGUUUGUAUUCGAGCAGGGAAGCUUUGGGAUGGAAGGGUUUAAACUGAUUGACCGAGCUACGAUUUCUUGUGGAUACUUUGGAUUUGGAGUUAUGUGGACGGAUGGAAGACCAUGCUGGAUAUGGUUCGAUUAUUUGGUCUCUGACCUGACUAUUCUUCGAGAUUGGUACUGAUAUAGUUCAUGUCAGGACAAUGGAGCCCUAGUUAUUUGACAGACACGUGAACGUGCUAGGUGG